AACGCAACUUUUAAUAUUGUUUUGGGACAAUAAAUGGGGUGUUGAAAGCGAUGCAGACUUACGAACUACAGGAAUAACUUUCCAACUUUUUGCCAAGUGAACUUCAGAGCCCUGGGUGACUACGAUUGUUUUAUUUUAUAAAGUUUCUGAUUCAUGACGACGUCUUUAGUCUAAAGAGGUGGAUGUCGUCUGCGUUUGUGUUUUGGUGUGUCCGAAGUCCAGACGAUACAUGUUAGACAUUAUUUCAAUAUUUAGUCUACAAUUUUUGAUCUCUGUUGUGACAAUAUAUCUGAAGACUUUAUAGCUGAGAAGAGGAUCAAGAAUUAAAAUGAAUAAAGUAGCAGGAACUUCAAGUCGCAUUUUAACAGACAUCCCAUGUAAGGUCUGUCAAGAUCAUUCAUCAGGCAAACACUAUGGCAUCUAUGCAUGCGAUGGCUGCGCGGGAUUUUUCAAGAGGUCCAUCAGACGAAACAGACAGUACAUCUGCAAGUCACGUGGUCAAGGCACAUGUCCAGUAGACAAGACGCACAGAAACCAAUGCAGAGCGUGUCGACUGAAGAAAUGCAUGGAAGCUGGCAUGAAUAAAGAUGCUGUACAACAUGAAAGAGGACCCAGAAAUUCUACCAUAAGGAGGCAGGUCGCCAUGUACCUUAAGGAAACCAGGGAUUACGGCGCAUUUGUAGCGCAGGCGCCCUUCCGUCCUCCAUAUUUGCCCAGUUGUUAUGGAAUGGAUCCAAUGGCUAAUGGGGUGGAUCUUGGAGCAGUUACGCCCCCUUCACCUGUCUCUCCUGGAAUUCUCUGCCAACCAACACCCAAGUACCCACAUGAAAUAAUGCAAGCAUAUUCAACUAACCCAGAAGCCAUGUGUGAGGUUGCUGCUAGGCUGUUAUUCAUGAGUGUAAAAUGGGCGAAAAAUGUCCCAGCAUUUCUGGGGCUUCCGUUCAGAGAUCAAAUUUUGUUGCUGGACGAAGGAUGGAGAGAAUUAUUCAUUCUUGGUGCAGCUCAAUUCCAGAUGCCCAUAGAAGCAGGUCCCUUACUAGCCCUAGCAGGAUUAAAUUCUGAAGAUGCAUCAGCUGAGAAAGUAGUCAGUGUUAUGACUGAAAUCCGAGCCCUGCAGGAGAUCAUAUCAAAGUUUAAAUCCCUGCAAGUCGAUCCUACCGAAUUUGCCUGCCUCAAAGGCAUUGUUCUAUUCAAAACAGCCUUUGGAAAUUCCCAGAAUUCCGAGGAAAAGUCUCUUAGAGACAUUCACACAGUUGCAGGACUCCAAGAUCAAGCCCAGCUAACUCUGAGCAAAUACAUCCAGGCAACUUACCCAACCCAACCUUUCCGGUUUGGAAAAUUAUUAUUGUCGAUCCCGACUCUAAAAACAGUAUGUGGAAAUACUAUUGCAGAAUUGUUCUUCAGAAAGACAAUUGGCAAUAUCCCGAUUGAAAGACUUUUGAUUGACAUGUUUAAAUCAAGUGAUUUCUGAUGUAGGACAAAAUGUCAAACUAUUAGUCAAACAAAGUUCGGAAAUCGAUUCCGGAAGUGGUCUGGCCACAGCAGGAGUAAAAACGGAUCUCAAACUCGAUUGGCGGCGCCCAUGUCAACAAGCGGUUCAUAUUUCUGAGGAAAUAAAAUCUGCCACUCAUAAACGGUCAUCAAUCUAUCCAUUUUUUCAGUAUUUGUUUUCUCAUUCAUGUCCACGAGUGGUGAAAUUUAAAAAUCAAAUUGGCAAUUAGUUUUAUUUAAUCUGAUGAGCAUAAAUCAAUGUGAUGUUUAUCUGGUCAUGGGUCUCGCGUUAGCUCUCAAAUAUCAGCAUCCAAAUUCGUAAUGCAAUAUGCCUUUGAUUAAGUCAUCUCAAAGCGCGUAACAAAAGAUUGAAGUGAAAAUGAAACUUGAAAUUUACAACGCGGAUGAAUGCGGUUCGAGGGAUUAUAUUUCUCUUGCUCAUCUUGUACACUUGUGAAAUGAAACCGCUUCCGCAGCGAGAACUCCUAACUAAACAGAUUGGCAUUGAUGUGUGCUAAUGCAGUAAAAUCGUUCAUUGUACACUUUACAGGAAUAAUAGGGCCAAUUUCUACCCGAGCAGAUAGCAAUUAAAUUCAAGUUUGCCUAAAGCAAUCUUCAAUGAUAUUUCAAACCCACUUUUCACGGUCAAUGUAAUAACAAAUACAAUUUCAUCGUAACGUUAUUCGAAAUUCCUACCAGUAUAGUCUCUGUCGUUUUACACAUGUCUGAAUUUAGUAUAAUUGAUCUGUGUCAUGUAGUUCGUUGAGUACCUUUUACACACUUUUUUGAUAAAAGAGUUACAAUGGAAGUAAUUUUUCUCUUCCUUGGCCUCUUGUUCUUUGUAUCACGUGACGUGCUAGCAUACGAUUGGUGCAUUCAUUAAGCAGAUUAUUGUAUUUUUUCCUCAAGAUGUGCAAGAUGUUCUAGAUUAAUUUUCACUGAUUGUACAAUUUUGUAACUUUAAUAGAUUUAGACGUUCUUAUCAUAUGUAUAUAUAUGUACCUAUUUAUACAUAAUUAUCCAUAAAAAAAUGACAUAUUUAUACACGUAUUCCAUUUCCUGCUAUCAUAUCAUCUUUCCAUUUGUUUUUGCAUUGUAAAUAAUUUCAUAUUUUGAGACAUCAUCGGGCCGUUCGGGCGUUAAAUAUUAAAAAAAAAAACAUUAUUUUUUUCCUUAAAAGGGAAACAUGUUAUUUCGCCUAAUGUUUUUAGUAAUAAUAAUUUUAUGAAUAUAUUUGGUAAUACUUCUUGCCAAAAAUGUUAGCCGGAGAAAGCUUUUCAGCUUGUCAAUUGUUCUGUUUGAAAAUUGGUGCAUUUUAAUUUUCAAUUUUUUUCUGCCAUGCUUUCUACAUAGUACGCACAAUUCUUGUUUGUUAAGUUUGAAAACUGUUCCUUCUGAACUGCUUUGACCACUUUUUUGUAUUUUCAUGUACUCUAAAUACAACCAUAGGGCUAUUUACAUUUGACUUGGUGCAUUCAAAUGAAGAGAAUAUUAAACCCUUAAUUAUUAAAAUUAAAUUUAGAGUCUCGUGUAUAUGUACAGUUUUGUUACUAUCACCGCACUGCGGAUGCAAAUUCUAUAAUUUUCUAUUGUGUCUUUGUGCAAUAUUGUUGAUUGUAAAUGAUAUAUAUACAGGUGUAUAUG